ACAGAUAUAAAAAAAAUUUAGAGGAAAGCUUAAAAAUUUAUAUAUUUCAAGAUGGAUUAUAUUGAGAAACAUAGAUAUAUGUAUAUAUUUUGUGUGAUAAAACACCAUGUCGCGGCAAAAAACAAAACGCUUAAAGCUUGGCCCGCAUGCCAACACUGCUGCUAAAUCAGCUGUUCGUCGUCCACAUGCUAUUUUGUGCGUCGUGUUAUCGUGUUUUUUUUUGAUUUUGCGAUUACGUUGAUUUUAGUUUCAUUGCAAAACAAAUUGUGAAAGCUCUUGUUAAUCGCAGCAAUGAAAAAAAGUGAUAAUCUAGAGUAAAAACAUAUCGAAUUGAGUGUAAAGUGGCUUGAAAUUCAAUGAAAAUCAAGUUUGUUUAUUGGAAUUACUGAUACCAUCGGUAGCACCUGUGAUUGCUGCUGUGAGAGAGGCUUGGCCGGAGAGCCAAUCGCCGGACGUUUGCGGUAACCGUUCCGGCUCUAUAAAUAUGGCUGCUCGUCAGUUGGGUCGUUUAGUCCAUUUUGUUCGCAAGCCCCGAUCGCUAGCCGUUGACCUUUUGUACAGUACAGUAAACUCUCUUAGUACAUUCCCCACUUACAGUACACUGACUAACCUCAGUACAGUAAACACCCAACGGAUGGCGGAUCAUUUGGCGGUAUCAUGUUCAGGAUUGGGUGUUAGCCUAGCCGAACGCGUCUUAAAUCCCCGAUUACAGGGUAUUAAUGGAAAUCAUAGUACCAAUAAUGGUUGCAACAACAGAAAUAACAAUAACAAAAACAACAAUACAGAAAAUGACGCCUUUGAGGAGGCUAUCAGGAAGUUAAACUCUUUGCAGUCGAACGAUGCUGCUAUUAAACAUUCAAUGAGUAAUAAACGUGUGGAUACAAAGGCGGAUACCGUUAAAUAUCUGGAGCGGAGCGGUCUGUCGCUUGAAACCGUCGAGCGGCUGUCCUUCAUUCAUGUCGCCGGUACCAAGGGCAAGGGAUCCACUUGCGCCUUGACCGAAUCCCUGCUGCGUCAUCAAGGCGUCCGUACAGGAUUCUUUAGUUCCCCGCACAUAUUGUCCACUAACGAACGGAUCCGGAUCGAUGGCCAACUGCUGGCCAAGGAAAAGUUUACGGAACAGUUUUGGAAGGUCUAUAAUCGACUGUGGGAUCAGCGGGAACACGAACACGACAUGCCCGCCUAUUUCAAGUUCCUAACUAUCCUUGGAUUUCAUGUUUUCGUGGCAGAAAACGUAGAUGUAGUCGUUUUGGAGGUGGGAAUCGGUGGUGAACACGAUAGUACAAAUAUUGUCAGAAAUGUUCGGACUGUGGGCAUCACAUCGCUGGGAUUGGAGCACACAGAGCUAUUGGGUCGAACACUUCCAGAAAUUGCCUGGCAAAAGGCGGGUAUCAUAAAGCCGGGAUCGCAUGUCUUUACGCAUGUCACACAGCCGGAAUGCCUGCAGGUGAUCCGUCAGCGGACGCAGGAGAACUCAGCCAUACUUUACGAAGUACCACCCACAGAGGAUUACUUUCGAGCUGAGGCAUAUGAAUCGAUUCGGGAUAAUUUCAGUCAUAUGAUUCGUCUGAAUGGUUCACUUGCGAUCCAGUUGGCCGGUGAUUGGUUGUCGCAGGCGAGGAAACCUUUGCAAAAGGAUCACAUCCCAAAUGAGGUUAAAAUGGAUGCAGAACUGCUGCGUGGCUUGAUCAGCACCCAUUGGCCAGGUCGAUGUCAGCUGGUCGAAUGGCACGGAUUGCGACUCCAUCUGGACGGAGCACACACACUGGAAAGCAUGGCUGUGUGCGCGGAUUGGUUUGGAAAGAGCAUUAAAAAUAGUGUCAAUCCCAAAAUCUUAAUUUUCAAUCGGACUGGAGAAUCCGGUUUUGAGCCUCUGCUGGAGCUACUAAAUCGUACCUGUGCCUUCGAUAUGGUUUGCUUUGUGCCCAAUUUGGCCACCUCCACGCCAAAUGCUCCCAGCCAAGUGAUGGUUCGUUUUAGUCCCGAAAUGCAAUUAAAACGGGCUAAGAUCAUAGCCACAGAAUGGUGUAGAAUUUGUGAAAAGAACAAGCAAAAGGAUGAGGGUCAGGUGUAUGACACACUGAUCGAUGCUUUUACCGCCAUCAGGCGAAGAUUUCCUCAAUCGUUGGAUAACGGUAGAAAACUUGAUGUCCUUGUUACCGGUUCAAUACAUUUAUUGGGUGCAGCCAUAAGUGCUCUAGAUCUAAUUGAUGAAUCCCAGAGUAGAAUAUAGCAUUCCUAUUAAAAUUGUUAGAUUUAGAUUUAGAUUUAGUUACGAACUACAGUCCUACAGUCCUGCAAUCUAGAGGCAAACAACCUUAGAUAUACUGACUUUAAAAUCUUUUAAAAAUAGAUAACUUUAAAAAUGUU